UUCUUUGUUUAUUACUCCGUACCUUGUUUCAUAUUCUCCAAUCCUUCAUAAGCUGUCCGGUCGAGACAAAUCGUGUUGAGCACCGACCGCAGGGCAUCGAUCGAUCAGCCCAAGCAUCAUUGCGGUCAGGAACAUCAAUGCGCUGGCAUUGUCGCAAGCCCCUCUAACAAGUCAGGCGAAAGUGACGCUUCUGCCUGAUGGGAUGCCUUUAUACCAUACAUACCCAUACCCCAUACUCGAUCCUAUCUACUUCUCUUAUCUACUAUUACUACAACUCUACGGAGUACCUACCCUAUCUCGAUUGAUCGAUAGAUCGACUCUAUACUAACCACACACCAAUCGUUAUAUACCCCAUCACCACUACUACCACCACUACCACCCAUUACUACAUUUAUACAUAACUAUACUAUCAACACCACACUACCAACCCUACCCUACCCCAACCAAAAACAAAGAGAAAAAACAAAAGAGAAAUGGCCGUCCGAAUCUACCACCGCCGUCGCCGCUACCACUGGCCCGAACUGCAACUCAACGUCUGGAUCCUAGUGGUUCUCUCUUCCUCAGCAAUCUGUCUGGGAAUAUUCUCCUGGUUUAUGAGUGUUCAGAAUGAAUUGCAACUUGAAGUUCCUUGGCUCUUCCCAUACAUGAUAACCUCCGGCGCACUAGGAAUCUUCUUCGUGAUUCUCAUCCUCGUUCUAGCAGCCCAACGCUUCCUCCUCCCCGGCAUUAUCAUCGUGGGCGGAUUCAUUCUCUUCGUGCUAUGGUUAACAGGUCUCGUGGAGACCUCGCUUCAAUUAUACGGGGUUUUAUCCAAUGUGAAUGAUAAUUGUCGGAUUUAUGUCACGGAUAGUCCCCAUCCGGUUGGGGAUGGGUGGAGGACCUUGGCGUGGAUUACGGAGGAUACGAUUUGUAAUUGUUGGAAAACGGCGUUUGCGUUUGAAUUGGUAAAUACCAUCUUUUAUGUUUGGAUGAUUAUUAUGUCGUGGCAGGUGAAUCGGGAUUUGUAUCGGUGAGGUUACUUACUAUUUGGUGGGUUUUGUUCUUUUUUUUUUUGGAGAGGGGGUGGAUAGGAUGUAUUAUGAAUGGAUGAAUCUGUAUGAUUGACGCAUCAGUACUUAUGGUUACUAUG